UUGUCUGGAGGGGGAAUAAAGGCGUCCUGAUGGGAGAGGAGUUUUGGAGGCAAAAGGAAAUUCUGAUAUAAAAAUACGUGUCAUGAUUCCAAAAAUAACACCGCUCUGGUUGGGCUUUUGGCGUUUCUACAGCCUACUUCACGUUCAGGAUUAUACUAAAAAGUUUUUGAGCUGAAAGAAGUGGGGAAAAAAGAAUUUAAAAAAGAAGAAAGGAAGAAUUAACUGCUUGUGCUGCUUUUGGAAACAGAUUUCAGCAGAUGACAAUUUUGGAGACAACUUGACAAGCUGCUAUUUUGAACCUGAGGGAUUCGAGUUUCUCUUUUUUUUUUUUGCUACGGAAUCUGUCUUUGCCCAAGAAGUGUCGCUCAUCUGUGGAGAGUUGAAGCGCAGUCUGGAGCGAUGCGAUGAUUAUGCGAUCUGUCACUGGUUCACACUCGACACCGACACCGAACCGGAGCGCCACAACACUGAACAACAGAAUGAGCGGGUUGAACUUACUGACUCUGUUACUCAUGAUAGUGAUGCGCCUCGGGGCCGCGGAGCUUCUGUCAGGUUUGCGUUUCAUGGAGAGCCCUAAGAACGUGACCUCCUCUCUUGGGAAGCCAGUGGCUGUUCAGUGCAUCCUGCGAGUGGACGGCGAGGGCCAGGGGCCCCUGGAUGUGCUCUGGCUGAAGGAGGGACAGCCGCUGGAGUUUGCCGACACCAACCAGAUGCAGCUCCCCGUAGAUGAGAACAGCUGGCUGGUUUUUAGUGAACUCAAGAUAGAGGAGGUACAGCUCUCAGAUAUGGGCGCCUAUCAGUGUGCGGUUUCAUCUGGUGAAGAGGAGGCAUUUUCCAUGGAGGGAUACAUCCAACUAGAGGGUCUCCCUCAUUUCUCGGUAGACCCGCAGCAUUUGUCAGUCGUGGCUAACACAGAGCUGAGUCUGCGCUGUGUGGCUCAUGGUCCUCCUGAUCCGGUGCGGGUCAUCUGGCUUCAGGACGGGGCUCCUCUCAAUAACCUGAAUGACCCGAUAUCCCUGUCGCCCUCAACCCUCAACAUCUCAGGUUUGAAUAAAACCAGCUCUUUCUCCUGUGAAGCUCACAAUCGUAAAGGUGUGGCGUCGUCUGGCACAGGUGUUGUGACCGUUCUUCCUUCCCAGCCCCAUGACAUUAAAGCUGAAGAAAUCACUAAUUCAAGUAUCCGUCUGUCUUGGCACAUGGGCUUUGGAGGAAUUUAUCCCAUCAGCCACUGCAUUGUUCAGGUCAAAGCGUCUGGUGAAGACGCUGAUCAGGUCAUCUCCAGUCAGACGGUCAGUGCACCCGACACCAGCCGUCUGAUCUCAGAUCUGGAGGCCUUCAGCCAGUAUGAUCUCAGAAUGGCCUGCCGGAGCAGUCAGGGCGUCUCGAGCUGGACGGCCUGGAUGAGCGUCAGCACCAGUGAAGGAGUUCCCGAUACAGCCCCGGACAAUGUGACGGUUGUGGUGAACGGAACAGAAGUGCUCUUGAGAUGGUCAGAACCUCCUGGAAAGAUGAAUGGACGGCUGCAGGGAUACAUGAUGGAGUACAGUGCACCUAACGUGGAACAGGUUGUGGUGGACACAGGUUUGGACACAGAGCUGUUUGUCAAUCUCUCAGCCCCCCUGUCGAACGUUUCCUUUAGAGUGUGUGCAUACACCGAAGCGGGACAGGGGCCCUGGACGCCCCUCCAAACCAUUACACUCAUUCAUGCAGAAACGGGGCAAUCCAGAGGUAUCUUGAGUGCUUCGGCGUUCUCCUGGCACUGGUGGUAUGUGGUCAUGGCCAUCGCCGCCGCCAUCGCUCUCGCUGUGCUCUUGGCCGUGUACGUGACCAGGCUGAGGCGAAAGGAGACACGCUUUGGUGAGGCGUUUGAACCCAUGAUGGAGAGCGGUGAACUUGUCGUUCGAUACCGAGCUCGUCGAACAUACAGCCGACGCACAACAGAAGCCACACUGAACUCUCUGGGGAUCAGCGAUGAGCUCAAGCAAAAGCUGCAGGACGUAAUGGUGGACAGACACAAGCUAACGCUGGGAAAAACACUUGGAGAAGGUGAGUUCGGCUCUGUGAUGGAGGGUUCGCUCACUCAGGAGGACUCUGUGCUCAAAGUGGCAGUGAAGACCAUGAAAAUCGCUAUCUGCACUCGCACUGAAAUGGAAGAUUUCCUGAGAGAGGCGGCAUGCAUGAAGGAGUUCGAUCAUCAGAACGUCAUGCGGCUUCUUGGUGUGUGUCUGCAGACGGUGGAGAGUGAAGGCUAUCCGUCUCCUGUCGUCAUUCUUCCCUACAUGAAGCACGGCGACCUCCACAGCUACCUGCUGUACUCCAGACUCGGAGACACACCUGUGUAUCUGCCCUCUCAGAUGCUGGUGAAGUUCAUGACAGAUAUCGCCAGAGGAAUGGAGUACCUGAGCAGAAAAAACUUCAUUCACAGAGACCUGGCAGCUCGAAACUGCAUGUUAAAUGAGAACAUGAAUGUGUGUGUGGCUGACUUUGGCUUGUCUAAGAAGAUCUAUAAUGGAGACUACUACAGACAAGGGCGCAUCUCUAAGAUGCCUGUCAAGUGGAUCGCCAUCGAGAGUCUGGCGGACAGAGUGUACACUACUAAGAGUGACGUGUGGUCAUUUGGAGUGACAAUGUGGGAGAUCGCGACUCGAGGUCAGACACCGUACCCUGGAGUGGAAAACAGUGAAAUCUAUGAUUAUCUGAGGCAGGGCAACCGUCUGAAACAGCCUCCAGACUGCCUCGACAGCAUCUAUUCCCUGAUGUUUUCCUGCUGGCUGCUGAGCCCGAAGGACAGGCCGAGCUUCGAGAUCAUGUGCUGCGAGCUCGAGAAGGUCCUGGAAGAUCUUCCAAGCCAAGACCCAGAUGAGAUACUCUAUGUCAAUAUGGAGGAGACCUCCAGAGAACUGGGGGCCAUGGGGGGCUGGGACCCCAUAAUGGGGGUCCCGUGUGCUCUCGGGGCCCUGAAGGGUUCGGGCUCAGUGGCCACUGUAGAAGUCCACCACCCCAACCGCUACGUGAUCUGCCCCCAGCAUGAGAACCAGCGCCUCCUCAACGCCGACUCCAUGGAGAGUCUGACCCUGACGGGGCCCGUGCCCUCCUCCUGCUCCACCCCAGUGCCCUCUGAAGGGCCGUUCCCGGAGGACAGAGACGAGAAGAAGAGAGUGCCGCGGCUGACAGGGACCUAGACUGACUCUGGUGGACUGCUGAGCUAUCAUUUUGCACAGAAACGCCAGACAUUCAGUGUUUAAAGUGAAUUAUGUCUUUUUUAUGCUUUUCAGACAAACAUGUUUCCUUUUCAUUCCAAAUUGUCCUGUAUGUUCAGCCUGUGUCAUGAGAAAUCAAAUGAAUCAUAGUUUUUGUCUUACACUCUGUCAUAACCAGAAACUAUGUAAUCAGUUUCCAGCGACAAGUAAUUUGUGUGUCCACAUUGACAAGUGAUGUGCGCAGCAUCAACCCAUAUUGCAGAUCAUUGGUGUAUUGAGUGAUGUUUGCUUACUGUUGCUCAUACAUGCAGGGGUUCAUACUUACUAAACGAUUUUAGCACCGAUUUUCACUCACCGACAGUUUUGUGGAAAUCAAUGACAAAUGCCCGAAACUGCAUCAUGUCCUGCGUCCUGCGGUGUGAAAUCUGUUUUGACUGGAAAUGACAUCAGCGAUAACCUAUAGCCAAUGAGAGAGAGUAAGAUACAGGGCAGCGGGAAGUUCAGGGGGAGGAGUCAAAAAGUUGCAACGGAACACGCAUGGCUUCUGCAAGCCACCAUUGUCUGUUCAGGUUUAUUUUCUUUUUUUACUGCAAACCAGCAUACAGACAACUUGUAUCGCAAGCUUCUUGUGGGCUGCAGUUUCUAACAGGAAGAGAUCCAGGCUGGCGCGAGAACUGUCUCACAGGCGGCCUUACAUUAUUUCCUGUAUCACUUCUCGCGAGGGUUCAGUUGUGAAAUGUAGUUCGUAGACCAGAGUUGUCACCUGAAAGGUUGUGUAAUGAGUGAACCUCUGUCGUGUCGUGUGCACACAACAGCAACUAGACUGAACAGCAAUCCAGCUAGUCGUGCAAAAUCAUGCAGUGUGUUCCCGGCAUUAGUGUUAGUGAUCUGAAUAACCCCAUACCUCUGUGUUUUACACUUUUGUGAUGGACAUGAAUGACCCCUUAAAUUGUACGGCUUGUUUAGGAGAUGUAUUACUUUUUAAAGACAUUUAGUUUAUAAAAACGUAAGAGACAUGGGAGUGGGCUUUUCUUUUUCUUUUUUUGAAUUGGGCCAGAAAGCAAGCACCAAGAACACCGUAGUAAACGCAUGGCAUUGCCUUAACAACCACUGCACACUCUGUAAAAAUGCUUCCUAAUAGGGUGUUUUCACAGUGAUGCAAUAGAAGAACAAUUUUGGGUUUCCAAAGAACCUUUCA